AAUAGGGAAUCUAUAGAUCAGUUUGAAUAAGAUUUUCCAUCGCAAUGGUCGUUUACAUUGCUCUCAAAAUACUUUUGGGCUUAAGCUCGCUACUAAACCCAGUUCAGGCGGUAAUCAAAGACGAUAUCUAUGGACUGAUUGGACUUGUGCCUACACAAUUCAAUGAAAGCCUUUUGGAUUUCGAUAAGUGGACUAAGGACAUCAGUUUGUCACUGAAUGAAGAGCAGCAACAGCUCGUGGCAUGGAAUAUUCCCUGGUCGGAUAUUUUAGAGUCACAAAAAUCACCACAAGAUUUGCAAAGCCAUCUCAAUACCGGAAAUCCCUUCAAGCUGAAGCUUUGGAUGAGCUUUUAUUGGCACCUUAGACGUUUCCGUCUUCUGAACGAGAUUCUUCUCUCUAACUUUGCAAUGGAAUUGAGGAACCUCAAGAGUAAUCAUCCAGAACAAUGGAACAAUAAUCUCCAAAACAUGUUGCAGAGUUUACCAAGAUCUCUUAGGCUUCUGGUGAAAACCCGUCGCUUGUGUCUCGAGCACAAAAAGGAACUGUUCUAUAUAACUGCUGGAAAUCAACUGGAAUUGGGCGCCAAUAGUAACUGCAGCAUUUGGGAGGUUGAGGAGGAGAACAAGGAUCAAUGGCUGAGACUCGUGAAUGUCUGCGAUGAUAAGAGCCAUUUCUUCAUCACCAUGUUAUCACAAGGUGCAUCACAUGUCCUGUUUAGUGCGCCCAACAAUGUGGCAAAAGCUUUUUGUGUGCUAAAGGGUAUGACUUACUUUGAGAAUGCGUUAAAUACGGAAAGUAACUGCCAUUGGCAGCUUAAUGAUUGCAGGUUUUUACCCAUGAUAUUAUCAGCAAAUAAUAAAAACUAAUAUAAGUAAGCACAACUCCUCUAGAUUUUG